CAGAGCGAGGCUCCUGGCGCACUAGGGACUCCAGGAGGCAGCUCUGCCAGAGACGCGGGUCGUGCUUCGGGAAACCGGGGGGCGGGGGGAGGGGAAGAGAGCUGAACAGAAAACCCACCAAGGCGGGGACUGGCCUGGACGGGGAGGGGCGGCGAGGCCGGAGCCCCUCUCUGUUGGGCGGACUCCCCAUGGCCAGAGGCUGAGCUCCACUCCCGCCGGCCGCUCCCUAGGGGAAGGGGAAGGAGAGGGGAGAGCAGCGAGAGGCCUCCAGCAAGCAAACGCGGGCGGCAUCCGCAGUCUCCAGAAGUUUGAGACUCGGCCGUAAGCGGACUUGUGCGCCCCAACUCUUUGCCGCGCCAGCGCCUGGAACGGAGAGCAGAGGCGGCCCGGCCGCGGCGCGCCGGCUUUGUCAUGAUGGCCAGCUACCCCGAGCCCGAGGACGCGGCGGGGGCCCUGCUGGCCCCAGAGACCGGCCGCACAGUCAAGGAGCCAGAAGCGCCGCCGCCGAGCGCAGGCAAGGGCGGAGGGGGUGGCGGCGGGACAGCCCCGGAGAAGCCGGACCCGGCGCAGAAGCCCCCGUACUCGUACGUGGCGCUCAUCGCCAUGGCGAUCCGCGAGAGCGCGGAGAAGAGGCUCACGCUGUCCGGCAUCUACCAGUACAUCAUCGCCAAGUUCCCGUUCUACGAGAAGAACAAGAAGGGCUGGCAAAAUAGCAUCCGCCACAACCUCAGCCUCAACGAGUGCUUCAUCAAAGUGCCGCGCGAGGGCGGCGGCGAGCGCAAGGGCAACUACUGGACGCUGGACCCGGUCGGUGCGCUCGCGCUCGGCGUUCCCCGCCCGACUGCCGUGCAGUCCAUGGCUAGACGCGCCGGACAGGACUGGCGGCGGGACCCGCGCUGCCUGAGAAAGGGACAGACCACCAACACGUGUGUUUGCUCCGCUAACCCUCUUGAAGCUGUUCAGAAGCCGCUUGCCGCGGGGUCCACUGGGCGGGGCGGGGGUUGGGACCCAGCGGGAGCCGGGACAGCCUGGCUCCGCGGCCUGUACUCGGUUUACACCGCGGGCCGGCGCGGAAGGAGGCCGCGUUUCCUUCGCUGUCAGUCCGGUCGCUUCGGGCACCUCCGGGCCCCGGCGGCUGGCUAA